AUGCAGGCCGAGAAAUACAGCAACCUCAACGGCUCAGGACAAGACAACUCCAGUCCAUGGCUCGAACAACAAAUGAAAGAAAAGAAACGAGCCAAGAUGUGGAUAUACGGCAGUAUUGCCGCCCUUUUGGUCGUCGUCGGUUUGGGCGUCGGUCUAGGUGUAGGCCUCAGCCGAAAGUCGGGCGGUAGCUCGGGCUCGUUUGGUUCUGGCUCGGGAUCUUCGAGCGACGGAUCCAUGGUCACCAUUCCCGGCACGGCUGGGGUCGUCAAGGCUGAUCCUAAUGACCCAUCCAAAUUCGAAAAGGAUUCUCGGCUGAAGAAUUCUUUCUACGGAUUCGCUUACACGCCUCUGGGCGCACUGCUCCCUGACUGCGGAGCCACCCAAGCCAACGUCACCGAAGACAUUCAGCUCAUGUCGCAGCUUACGACCCGCAUUCGUCUCUAUGGUGCUGACUGUAACCAGACUGCGCUCGUCUUGCAGGCUAUCCAAGACACCAAGGUCAACUUGGACGUGUUUGUUGGAAUUUAUGUGAAUGAAGAUGACACUGCUUAUACUCGCCAACGUGAUUUGAUCAAGGACGCUAUCACUACCUACGGAACUGACCACAUUGCCGGAGUAACCGUCGGAAACGAGUUUAUCCUCAACAGCGUGACCGCAGCGGGCGAGACCACAGCGACAGGUACUGCUGGGUUGGCUGCCGCGUCAAGCUUGGCGACCAAGAUCCAAGACACCCGUACGAUGUUGUCGGGUUUGAGCCUUAGCAAGACACUCCCUGUGGGAACCAGUGACGCCGGGGCGUACUUCAAUACGCCACUCCUCCAGGCAAUCGAUUACGGUUUGGCCAACGUCCAUCCUUGGUUCGCCAACACGACCAUCGACGAUGCUGCCACCUGGACAUACGACUUUUUCCAACAGACCAACGUUGCACAAGCCGCAACUGUAUCCAAUAACCCAACGAUGUACAUUGCCGAAACAGGGUGGCCCACUAAAUCUUCGAGUGUUGCGUCAGAGACCAACGGUGCUUCCGCAGCGUCUGUUCCUAACCUCCAAAUCUUCCUGGACACGUUUGUAUGCGCAUCCAACACCAACCAGACCAAGUACUUCUUCUUCGAGUUCAAGGAUGAGCCAUGGAAGGAUGUCAUGUACGGCGGUGUUGAGGGGUGGUGGGGUCUUUUCGACUCAGAUAAAAAACUCAAAGACGUGACUAUCCCCGACUGUUCUCACAGCUGA